CGGGCCCCGGGAAGGCUUCGGCUGGCUAGCCCAGGUCCUUGGCCGUCGAGAGCUCAGGCCAGCGUGCGGGAAUGAGCGGGUCCCUGGGCCGGGCGGCUGCGGCUCUGCUCCGCUGGGGGCGCGGCGCGGGCGGCGGCCUGCGGGGCCCGGGCGUGCGGGCGGCGAGCUCGGGCGGCAGCGGCUCGUCGGAGCACCUGGACGCGCUGGUGAAGAAGGACAGGGUGGUGGUCUUCCUAAAGGGGACUCCGGAGCAGCCCCAGUGCGGCUUCAGCAACGCCGUGGUGCAGAUCCUGCGGCUGCACGGCGUCCGCGACUACGCGGCCUACAACGUGCUGGACGACCCCCAGCUCAGGCAAGGCAUUAAAGACUAUUCCAACUGGCCCACCAUCCCACAAGUGUACCUCAACGGCGAGUUCGUGGGGGGCUGUGACAUUCUUCUGCAGAUGCACCAGAAUGGGGACCUGGUGGAAGAACUGAAAAAGCUGGGGAUCCGCUCCGCCCUCUUAGAUGAAAAGAAAGAUCAAGACUCAAAGUGAGGGUGGCCCACGCGAGGAAGCCACUGGUGUCAGAAUCUCACUGCCAGAAAAGCCUUCCCGAUUCUGGUUUUUGCUCUUCAGAUGACUGUUUGCACUGAUUCCUCCAGUUUGUAAACAGCCUGGUGAUUUUAGCAUGUCUGGUGUUUGAGCAAGGAAUAUCCUAUCGUGAACGUAAUUGUAACCACUGCACUGUCAUAAUCAAUGUUGUACGACGAGAUUGCUGUACACACGAUUCCUUCUUAUGUUGUCCUUUGCUCUUUGCUUGAUUCAGGAGUAAACCUAGGAGAUUUUGAAUCAUCAUUAUUAUUCAUGAGUCCUCUGCAAAUAUGUCAGUCUGCAAAGAUCAUAUACCCCCCCAUCCUAAUUUUUUGUAACUUGUUCUGUUAAGAAAAACGAUGGACAAGGAAGAAAAUAAGAUAACCGGGGUGUUGUUUUUUUUAAAAUAAACUGCCAACCCAGGGAUA